AUGUGGGUCUUUGUUUUUCUGGUUUGCUUGGAGUUUUUCAUACCGGUCAAAGCAAUUCCACUAGAGUGUGAGCUACACAAUAUUCUCAUACAGGAAGAGGAGCACUGCAAUGAACUUUUGUCCCAGGAGAAGCAAAACUUAUCUGAAGCCGGAUUGUCCCGGACAGAAUGCCAAGGAAUGUGGGAUAACCUGAGCUGCUGGCCUUCCUCUGCCAUUGGAAAGACUGUUGCAGUGGCGUGCCCCAAAUUCCUCUUUGUGCUCACUGGAAAAGAAGGUUUUGUUUAUAGAAACUGCACCGCUGAUGGCUGGUCUAAUUCAUUUCCCCGACAUGACGUCGCCUGUGGAUUUGAUACUAACGACACAAUUGAAGAUGACAAAAACACAUACUACAUGAAUGUGAAGACCAUGUACACUGUGGGGUAUGGCACAUCUCUUGUGUCUCUGAGCAUCGCGGUAGUGAUUCUUUGUUUCUUCAGGAAACUUCACUGUACAAGGAAUUACAUCCAUAUCCAGCUGUUUAUAUCUUUCAUUCUUCGGGCUGUUUCAAUCUUCGUCAAAGAUACAGUGCUGUUUUCUACUGAAUACAUUUAUCAUUGCGAUGCAUACUCGGCGGGGUGUAAAUUUGCCAUGAUUUUCUUUCAAUACUGCAUCAUGGCUAACUACAGCUGGCUGCUGGUAGAAGGACUUUAUCUACACACACUGCUGAUUUUAUCAUUCUUCUCAGAGAAGAAAUAUUUUUGGUUUUACAUAGUUCUUGGCUGGGGCUCCCCUUUGAUAUUUAUUACAGCCUGGUCAAUUGCAAAACAUUUACAUGAAGACAUAGGAUGCUGGGAUACGAACAUUAAUAUUGGCAUCUGGUGGAUAAUUAGAGGUCCUGUAAUUAUAUCAAUUUUUAUCAACGUUCUAUGCUUUGUCAGUAUCAUACGAAUACUGGUUAGCAAGUUGAAGACUCCAGAUGCACGAGGAAUGGAAUUCAACCAUUACAAGAGGCUUGCAAGAUCUACCCUUUUGUUAAUUCCGCUCUUCGGAGUGCACUAUAUCUUGUUUGCAUUUUUCCCUGAAGAUGUGAACACUUUAGCUGUGGAAAUCCGGAUAUUUUUUGAACUUGCACUGGGAUCGUUUCAGGGAUUUGUGGUUGCAGUUCUUUACUGCUUUCUAAAUAGCGAGGUGCAAUGCGAAAUAAAGCGAAAGUGGAGACGAUGGAAGCUGAAGAAACAUUUUAAUGGAGAGUCGAGACACAGUCACAACUCCACCAGCACUGGAGGUAAAGGGUCCACUCAAGUGUCACUGCUCACUCGAGAACUGAGACAACCCAGUCUGUGUGCUUCCACUGGGGAAUGAAAUUACACAGGCUAUGCAAGGAAAGAACUCCAUGCAAUAUCCACGGACUCUGAAGAGCCAUGACUUUGAAUGUGAUGAGUCACGAUCAUUGUGGGAGAAACUGGGCACUUAUAUGCCACUAAAGCAGCUAACUUUCACUGUAUUAUACGAUGCAAACAAAAUCUCAGCUAAGGCAGGUUGGUAGAUGUCAAUCAUCUCCUUCUUUGCAGCUAAUGAAUCUUACCUCUGCUAUGACAGGACUAAGACAUAAUACUCCCCUCCCUAUACAAAGGAUUACUGCUGAGUGCAAGUGUCAUGUGACAAAAGAAUAAACAUUGGGUCCA